GGGAGGAAGGCGAGUCGAGCGAAGAGGAAGGGGCUCUGUAAGAGCCUUGCAUCGCGCAAGCACGCCCUCUAGUCAAUACCACGCGUGCUGCCGCUUCUGUUGGACCCGCUCGCCCGUCUUCUCGGAGGGUCAGGCGCAAGGUGGGGCGUCGUUGCACGUGCUGCUCUGCGUAGGUGCCAGCCCUGUGCUGCGCUGCGUUGUUCAGGGGCACAGCCGUAGAUCGUCCUUGCGCCCGCCGCGGCGCGCGGCGCCUCCUGCUGCGGCUGUGCUGCGCGGCGCUGCGCCGGAGGUCGCGCUCAUCGCCUCGGCCUUCUUCGGUGUGCAACGUGCAGCGCAGCCCUUCUACGUCCGCAGGAUCACAGAAGGAGCUCUCGCAACGCAGCAAGAGCAACGCUGGAUGUGGGGCUGCUCAGCGCCCAUGCGGGCACCCGUCGACACACACCUGAUGCUGCGUCGCCGCGCGGGUCGUGCGAUCGAACGUCCUGCAGUCCUCCGCGCUCAGAGCGGCGCUGUGCGACAGGGGUCGCGCCGGGCCGGCCGCCGCACGCCGUGCACCUGUUUGUGGCCGGUGAUGUGCCCGCAUGCCGAUUGCCGCAGCACGGACGGGACUCAGACUGCGCUGGCGCCGAGAGCCGUUCUGAGCAUCCUCUUGCCGCUCUUGAUACCGUUUCGAGCUGGGGUGCGCGCGGCAGUCGAGUUGCGGACAUCAGGCGGCACAGUAAACCACGAAGCACCGACGAACUGGUCCCGCUCAGACACGCUGCUGCCGCCUGCCCGAGAGAUCUGGGCUUCGCUGCUCCUCUGCUUCGAUAUCUCACCGCCACGAAUCAGUCUCAUCCCGCCCUGGCGUGCCCUGGCGCCGUGCGCCGUGCGGCACGGCGGCGGUGCCCGCGACGUGCUCAACAGCAGCACUGCCCCGCCCUCUGCAUCUGGCCGACGGCCCCGCUGCUGCCCUUCAAUCAAUUGCCGUCCUGGAUCAAGCGCAAAGGAGCAGGCGGCAGGGGCAAAAAGACUUUGCUUCGUGACGAGCUCCUUAUUCUGCGCCAGCGCCGCGGCUGCGGCUAGGCUGCCAGAUCGCACAAGAAGAAGACGGUGUGCUGGCAACUGGCGGCUGUCUUCAAGCCCGUCUCACUCGCCCAUCACUCCGCCACGGCACCAUCCGCUGCGCUGCGAAGCUUUCACUUGCAGCGUCUCCUUCAUCGACGUUCGGCACCUGGCUAGUCCCCAGCCUAUGGCCCGGGCCGCCAGACGCCGGCAUCUUCCUUGCGUCCCCAGCAGCAUGCUGCAUCCAGCCAAGCGUCCGCUCGCAGACGAGGCCGUGGGCGACGGGCCAGGAGCACAGCGAGCGCGUCUCGACCGCUACGCCGCUGCUGUCGUCGCCGACGAGCAGCGUCCGGCCGCCAGCGUGCCGCAGUAUGCUGCGAGCAGCAGUCACGCGCACCAGGGCCUGCCAUUCUUUCCUGCUGCCCACUAUCGCGACGGCCUCGCCCUGCCGCUGCGUACAGACGGCGGCAUGGCCCCGGCGUCUUCGAUGCCGAGUGGGCUGCUGCCCUUCGCGCCGGCCAUGCCCGGGCGCUCGUUCACUCCGGGCGUGGCGCCCGGCGCCGACGUCCCGCCGCCACCGCUUCCUGCUAGCGUGGCUGCCCCCCGCGCCCCUGCUGCUUCCUCGUCCUCGUCAUCGUCGCACGCGCUGGCGCCAGCCGCGGCGGCCAGCUUCGCCCCCGACGGCCGACCGGCAUGGUGCUCGCCCGCCGGCUGGGCGCGCGUCAAGUGGAUCCAGGAGCAGCAUCCCGGCCUGCUGCCCACGCCGCAGGAGUACGCGCCGACGGCGAGCGAGCGCCUCGAGCAAGUCCUCGCAGGCGAGGAGGCCGUCAUCGUCUAUCGCUCCGGCGCCAUCGAACUGACACGGCUGUGGGACAAGCGCAAGACCGGCGAGCGCGUGGGCUGCGUGCGCCUCAUCCUGCCGCUGGCACACGUCUGCAAGGAGCACGGCUGGCCGCUGAGCCUCGUCAAGGCGCCCGAGAAGCGCUCCAAGUUCCUCCUGCGCUUCGCCCUCGAUCCCGCUGCUGGCACGGCCGAUGCGACCGGCCCGCUCUACUUCGAGCCCACGCUGGCGGCCACGUUUCCGGCGCACCAGAUCUGGAUCCGGCGUGCCGUCGCGAGCGCCGACCAGGAUGCGGAGCCGUGGGUGCUGUACCGGCAGAACAUCGAGCAGAGCAGCGACCCGCGCGUGCUCUCGAUGGAGCGCAACAUAGCCCUCUUCAUCUGCCUGCGCCUGGGGUCCUGAGCAGCUGCGCGGCGGGAAGGGCAAUCGAGAACGAACAGAAAGUACUCAUGGCUCGUGCCGGGAAGCGUGUG